AUGGCAGUCAUGGGCCUGGUGGCUUCAAUGCUGCCUGUCUUUGUCGGCGCCAGGCAUGUCAAGAACAUGCCGCUUGCUCCUCAGAUUGCGGCACGACAGGCUGCAGCCAGUCGCCCGGCCUCUUACGAUGCCUAUUACUUCGACCAGAAGAUUGACCACUUUCCCACCAGCGACAGGUAUCUGCCUCAUACCAACGACACGUUUAAGCAGACGUACUAUUUCGACAAUUCGUACUACAAGCCAGGUGGCCCCGUCUUCCUGUACAUUGGAGGUGAGACUAGUGGUCGCAGCCGAUGGUCCAACAUGCAGACUGGCAUCAUUCAGAUUCUCAUGGAGGCUUUUGGAGGACUGGGUGUCAUCAUCGAGAACCGUUACUAUGGAACAAGCUACCCGUACAACACAUCGACUACCGACGAGCUGGCCUAUCUGUCUAACGAGCAGACUGUCGCCGACUUUGCCUACUUUGCUCAAAACGCCAAGUUUGCCGGCAUUGAUGAUGAUCUGACUGCUCCCAACACCCCAUGGAUUCUCUAUGGUGGUAGUCUAGCCGGCGCCGAGACUGCCUUUUCCAUCAAGCUGCACGGUGACAUUCUCUACGGAGGCAUUGCCUCGAGUGCUCCCGUCUACCUGACAGUUGGCUACCCGGACUGGUAUGACCCGAUUCAGAAAUUCGCACCUCAAGACUGCGUGACUCGCAUCAGUCGCAUCGUCGACAACUUUGACGCCCUUGUCGAUGCCGGUAACAGGCCCGCUGUGGACGCGUUCAAGUCGCUCUUUGGUCUCGAGUCACUGACUGACGAUCGUGAUUUUGCCACGGCGAUUGCCAACCCGAUUGGCAAUCCUGGGUUCUACUUGGCCAACACUUGGCAAGAACUCAACUGGAACUCCACCUACGGUUCCAAUGACUUUUUCGACUUCUGCGGUAACGUGACCGAUGUCAAUGCUCCAGAAGAAAUCACUCAGGUUGACUACACGUUUGCCAACUACACCAAUGGUCAAGCCUGGGAUGGCCUUGGUGGUUACGCUGACUACAUCAAGAAGUAUCUGCUCCCAAAUUGCUUCAACGGAGAUUACAACAGCAACGACUGCUGGGGCACGCAGAACGCCAGCUGGUGGGCCGACGUGUCCAAUUCCGGCACUCGCUCAUAUGUCUACACAAGCUGCACCGAGCAGGGUGCAUAUAUCGACGCUCCAAAGACGGGAUCGACGCUCCUCUCGCGCGUCAUUGAUACUUCGUACGAGCAGCAGUGGUGCACCUGGGCCUUCCCGGAUGGCGAGUACAACAAGAUCCCGGCUUCACCCGCUCUAGACAUUCUCAACUCCCUUGGCGGCUUCAACCUCCAGGCUGACCGUCUGGCCUUCAUUGACGGCGAUCAGGACGUUUGGAAGGACCUGUGCUUCCACUCGGACUUUGCUCCCCAACCACGGCCAGAGAGUACUGAUCUCCAUCCACACUACCUCAUUACUGGCGCCGGCCACCACUGGGACAGCUACGGCAUUCUCAAUGUCGAGGCUGAGCCCCAGUUUAUACGCGAGGCGCACAAGUGGGAAAUUCGAACCGUCAAGAAGUGGCUGGACGGCUUUGCCGAUUGGAGAGCUGCGUUUGUCUAA